AUAAAAAGGCACAUUUCUGCCUAAUUCGAUUCUUAUCGAACAAUUUCUGUGGAUUUAUUGCAAGUUUAAAUCAUCAGGUACGAUUACAAGAGUUUGAACAGUUGCUGGUGCCAUUUCGUCUGCAGCAGGGAUCUGAUGUGCCACAGUGAAGCCAACUACAAGGCUUGCUGCCCCCAUCGCUGGCUUGCCUCCGGACCUAAUCCUAAGUUAAGGAUAUCCAGGACUUCCAUUGUUUCAACCUUGACCUUCAGUCAGGUGAAAACUUCACCUUUACCUUCCCAGUAAGUUCAACAUACCGGAAUACCUCUUUCCACCAUCGGAACAGCGGAAGUCAGCCAAUCAGCAUUAUCAUCUCCAAAAGCAAAAUAGCAUUCUAACAAAGUUAUAAAUCAAAAAAACUCAGAGCAAUUCAUCACCAAGCGGAUAAAAUCAAAAUUAUAACAGCUUCAUUUGUAUCGCCUAUGGGAAAAAGGAGAAACCCGGCAAUAAGCUCAAACUGUCUCCAGAACUCGUUUUGACAAUUAGAGAUGCAGUAAUACCGUAAGAGUAAAAUUUGGAAGGAAAAAAUAAAAAAAACCUUGCCGCUGUUAUACACUUCAUUUUCGAAGGCCAAAAACCGGAGAUACAACUUUUCCUGCUCAAAAACCAUUCUUUCUCCAAUCUGAUCUGUGUAUUUAGCAAGGAAACCAGAAUGGCCAGUCAUUGAAGCUCCGACCUGUCCCCACAUUCACAACUGCAUUGAAUAAUUCAAAAAUAUAACACUUCAUCACGAAUCCAUUCUGUUCAGAACUCUCAGUCAAUCAUGAAUUUAACAAGUGCAUCGCUGCUAACGGAUACAGCACUCGAAAACUCAACAGAUUUCGAAAAUGAGACUUUAUUAGGGAGCUUCGAGCCCCUCGCUGUGAUGCCGGACCCCGUUGUCAAGCUUGCCCAUGAUAUUCUCAUCUGUGUCUUGUUAGUGUCCGUCAUGUUCGCUAUGGGAUGUCAUAUCACAUGGAAUGAAGUAUGGAGUCAUAUCAGACGGCCAAUAGGUGUGAUGAUAGGGAUGUCCAGUCAGUUUUUCUUGCUGCCUCUUGCAGCUUUCACUAUCAUCCUCUUGUUGCGCCUUGACCCACUGUAUGCAACAGGCAUGCUGGUGCUCGCCUGCAGUCCUGGUGGUGUCACCUCCAACAUAUUCUCGUAUUUCUGUGAUGGAGACAUUUCUCUGAGCGUGACAAUGACCACGUGUUCGACCAUCGCAGCUUUGGGAAUGAUGCCCCUAAAUAUGUGGGUAUACGGUCAAUGGCUAGAGACAGGAGCUGUAACAAUACCCUACAGCAAGAUGUCCAUCUCCCUGGCAUCCGUAACGGCCCCUGUUGGAGCAGGCAUGUUUGUCAGAUGGAAGUAUCCGAAUGCAGCACCCUACAUUACAAAGGCGGGCAGCUAUGCAGGAUUUGCCAUCAUAUUCGUUUGCCAAACGAUGGAGCUGAUCAUCUUUCCUGAUAUCUUCGAUGGCAUCGGCUGGCAGUUUUAUGUAGCUCUUGUAAUCCUACCGUUUGUUGGUCUCUCCUUGGGAUACGGUCUAGCUUUUCUCUUUCGACAGCCACCUCCAGUUAGAAAGACAGUUGCCAUCGAAUGUUCGAUUCAAAAUAUUGGAACAGCCCUCACAGUCAUCUCCUUGUCCUUUCCUAUAGAGAUGCAAAAGAAAGUUCUGGCAUUCCCUUGGUUGUAUUCCUUGCCUCUCAUCACGACAGUUACAGUUAGUUGUGCUCUUUAUCAACUUUAUAAACGCACGUGCUUCAAAAAUAGUUUAGGAUCAUGCGAAAAGAAGCUAAACGGGUUGGGUGUUCCGAUUCCGGUGGUGGAAAAGGUGAAUGGGAAACCGGAAGAGAUGCAGUCUUUCAUCCCACCGGAAAAACUUACGACAGUCUAGAUAAACCUCGUUCCUAUUGCCUGUGAUAAACCAAUGCGUUGUACAGUUGCGAAAGCGUGCGCGGGAAGGAUUCCUCACUCAGGGAUGCAAUGCUACGGGUCGCAACAUUCUUUUGGACCAAAAUGAUAUAUUCCUCACAAAACCCGAAUUUAUAUGUGACACUUAACACCAUGAAGAACAUUUAAUGGAGAUGACCUCAAAUGGAGACAAAGGGAACUGUUUAAAUUAAAUAAUGUUUGACAGUCUCAUCUCAUAACAACUCUUCUGUUAUUUACAGUUCGUAUUAAUUUUCAAAGAAAAUGAUUUUACUUGGCUGAUUUACAUAUUUUGUAUGAGAUUUACAUGACUGAAUCUAAACGUUUUCUGUGUGCUUCAGAUGGCAUGUUUAAUUGUAUAUUGUAAACUAAAUUAAAUAAGUAAAAAAUGCAUGAAUAUAAUACAUUUUUCAUGGUUUAUUUGCCUAGAACAGAACUCUCAGCUUAUCGGAAGACAAAUAUUUGUGCAAAAUGGCAUUGAAACAGUGGAACUGAAAGUGAAAAAUAGCCCUUUUUUUUAAGAUAUUCAUUUACAGAAAAGAUUUAAUUUUUUCUACACUGUGUUGUGUUAUAUAUAUUUUUCAUUCAAUUUCUGCUUGGUGUAGCUAUACAUUACAGAUAAUCUUAGCACGCUUUUAAAACGAGGUUUUUACUGCCCAUUGUAAUGCAUUUUAUUCCUUGAAUUUAGUAAAUGCUUGUGAAUACUGUCAAUGAUUAUAAAUAAAUUAAUUAUUAAUAUAAUUACUUUUAAUAAAUUUUGAAGAGGA